AUUAUACUGUAAUGUAUCCAAAUACUGUGCUUUGUAAAAUGGUACUUGUUGUGAGGACAGACAUUACAAUGGGAAAAGGGAAAACUGCAGCUCAAUGCGCACAUGCUGCUGUAGAAUGUUAUCGACAAGCUGUGGACAGUGGGAAAUGUCAACUGUACGAAUCUUGGUUAUUACAAGGUCAACCUAAAAUUGUUGUUAGAAUACGUAAUGAGGAAGAAUUAAUGGCAUUAGCACAGAAAGCUCGCAAUGUUGGUCUUGUUACCGCUAUAAUAAAAGAUGCUGGUAAAACCCAAUUAAUGCCUGGUACAAUUUCCACUCUUGGAAUUGGACCAGGACCAAAAGAUACCAUAGAUAGCCUUACUUCAAAUUUGAGAAUUUUAUAACAUUUCAUAUUGGAAAGAUUUACCAUGUUACAUUUGUUCAAUAUGUAGAAAGAAUCAUUUAUUUAAUAGAUUUAGAAUAAAUCUGUAGUAAAUUGGA